UUAAGCCCAUAGAGAUUCCCAAAAUCACUUUGAAAUUGCUUCUCUCUUCUUCUUCUUUUUUUGUAUUAUUAUACAUUUAUAUUUACGCAUUCAUCGAUGGCAUACACAUGCAUCUUCUCUCCUAACUAGCUCGAUCGCCAAAUGGAGUUUCUUCUUUCAAUCCCAGCAAACACCAUAGCCACACAAAUCUUUGCACUUCUAUUACUCUACCUAUGUUUCAGGAAAUUCACAGAUGUCCUAAAACCAAAGCAAUCCAAGACAUCCCCACCACAAGUCGGCGGCGCGUGGCCUUUGAUAGGCCACCUCCACCGCCUCCGCGGCCCACCUGCACCACACAUAACACUAGGCAAGAUGGCCGACAAAUACGGUCCAAUCUUCAAAAUCAAGCUAGGCGUGCAUCCAACUCUUGUCAUAAGUAACUCCGAGAUUGCCAAAGAGUGUUUGACCACACAUGACAAAGUCUUGGCUGGCCGUCCAGCGACUGUGGCCACGGAAAUCAUGAGCUACAACCAUGCCAUGUUUGCUUUCAGCUCAUACGGCCCAUAUUGGAGUCAUACGCGCAAGCUAGUCACUGUUGAGCUUCUUUCCAAUAAACGGCUCGAAACGUUUAAGCACAUAAGAGAAUCAGAGGUUAAGAAUUCCGUGAAAGAGAUGUACCAAUCUUGGGUUCAUAACAAAACCGGCGAUUCGAAUCAAGUUUUGGUGGACAUGACCAGAAUUUUUGGAGAUAUAAUCGCAAACGUGAUAUACAGGAUUGUGGUAGGUAAAGUGUAUGCGAGUAAGGGUGAGGGACAUGUGAGAUGGAAACAAGUAGUGUCGGAGUAUGUAAACUUGUUGAGCCACUUUGGUGUGGGUGAUGCGUUGCCGUUUUUGAGGUGGUUGGAUCUGGGAGGUAAGGAGAAAGCCAUGAAAAAGACAGCCAAAGAAUUGGACAAUUAUGUUGAAGAAUGGUUGCAAGAGCAUAAGAAGAAGAGAUCCAGUGCUGGCGAUCAUGGAAUUGUAGAGGAAGAUUUCAUGGACGUGAUGCUCUCAAUUUUUUAUGAUGAUGAUCAAGAGGAGAGUUUUGCUGAUCAUAGUGCUCACACAAUUAACAAGGCCUUGUGCUUGUCUCUUAUAUUGGCGGCCUCUGACACCACUAAGACCACUCUGACUUGGGUUCUAUCACUACUACUCAACCACCGUGACAUCCUAAACAAGGUCCAACAAGAGUUGAUAGCUCACAUUGGUCCAGAAACACCAGUGAAUGAAUCAGAUAUCAAAUCUUUUGUCUACCUUGAAGCAGUUAUAAAGGAGACAUUACGAUUAUAUCCUCCAGGUCCGCUCGGGUUACCACACGAGUCAAUGGAGGACUGCACCAUAGCCGGUUAUCAUGUCGCAGCAGGGACUCGGGUUCUUUUCAAUCAGUGGAAGAUUCAUCAUGAUCCGCAGGUGUGGGAGAAUCCUUCCGAGUUCAAGCCAGAAAGAUUUCUAAGAACACACAAGGAAGUUGAUGUUAGAGGAUGUCACUUUGAGUUGUUACCAUUUGGGAGUGGUAGAAGAAUGUGUCCUGGAAUAUCUUUUGCCCUUCAAGUCAUGGAGCUUGCACUUGCUAAUAUGCUUCAUGGGUUCGAUUUUGCAACUCUUAAUGGUGAACCAGUCGAUAUGACUGAGGAUAAUGGAUUUGUCACUCUCCGAGCAACGCCACUUGAAGCCCUCAUCAGUCCACGCCUCCCAGGUCAUGUCUAUAUGGGCUGAAUUGAAACAGCAAUUAUAGCUAGCACUUGGUGAAUUAUAUAUGUCUAUUUUGCUUGCUGGUUUGCAUGUCACAUAAACAAUGAUAAUACUUUUCUUC